AUGUUCAUCUAUGCCGGCAAACUACAGUGGUUCAAGUAUGGUGUAGGCGAGCUACUAGUCGUGGUUCUCCCCAACGGGCCAGUUCGUGUCGACGAUACUGUCUAUCUCUCCACUCAAUGGACCAUUGAUGCCGCUGGCUCCAAGAAACAGAAGUUGUUCUCCGCCCAGACGGUCCAGAAGGUAGUCAAAGCUGACAAUGGCGAUGACACCUUCAUCCUUCAUGGAGGAUACUACCUCUAUGAGAUCAGCAGCCAGCAGGGCUACAAGACUAUCAACAUCACCAUGUCCAACCCUGGCGGCUCCAAAGACCAUAUGACCCUCGAGCGUGUUUAUCAGUCCAAGGGUGAGGUCGCUGCAGAGUCGGCCCGCAUCUGGACGGGUAAGUUCGACUGGCCUCAGAACGCGAGCGAUGAGCCCUUCACAGCUAUCAUCCCCGAGGGGUUUGGUGCUGGAAAGCCGAUCUUGGCCUUCUGGCAGUGGACCGUCGAUGCCAAUCUGGAACCCAAGGUCCAGUGUAUUGCCCAGGGCACUCAGACGGCUGAGACUCCCGCCGACGACAAGGUCAAGUUUACCUUCUCUGAUCACUACAACCUCGCUUGUACCUGGGACGUCAAGACAGAGGAGCUGGCCGUUCAUAUGCAGGACCCCGGCAAGCAUGAACAAGAUAUUGGACCGUUCAAGUUGGCUGCUCUGAUCGAGUUCCAUUCAGAGGACGUCACUCCGCCCGAUAUCCCUCUAGAGAAGAAGACAUUUGAUGUUCGAUAUCCUCAGGCAGAGCCUUCCCUCCCCCGAAUUCAGGCGCCGCUGCCCUUUCCUCGAACUCUGCUCGAUACACUAUCGCAUACAGCAGCAUACGUUGACCAGGCGGGCUACCUAGCCAAAUAUGCCGUCGGAAGAUACCAUGCUCUUGAUCAGUCUUACCACUCCUUGCUCAAGCAGAUAGACCAACUGAACAACCAGAUCCGCGAGCUAUCAGGCAAAGUGAACGAGCUCACCACGGUCAACGAAGCAGAGAAGCACGAGAUCGAAAGCCUUCAGAAGAAACUCGCAGAUGCCAUGGACGCCGCGGCGAAGAAGGAGGCUGAGCUGACGCAGCAAAUCCAAGAUCUACAGAAGGCCCUAGCAAAGGAGGAGGCCCAUGACGUAGAAGACCACAAGGCCUUGGAUGAAGCUCAGAAGCAGCUCCGGGAUGCCAAAUCUUCCAUCGUUCUUCUCCAGAAGCAGCUCCUUGCGUUGCAGCUCGCCCUUAGCGAGAGCAACAAGACCAUCGCUCGUCUGCAGAGCCAGGUAGCUAACCUUAGCAAGACUGUGAGUGAGCUGAGAGGCGAGCUAGAGGUAGAAAAGAAGCAUAAUGAAGAUCUGUCGCGUGAAAACAGCGAUCUGAAGAGCAGGGUGGCCUCGGCGGAGAAGGAGACCGCCACGGUCAAUAAGACCCUGGAGCGCACCACCGAGGAUCUGAAGAAGGCGCAGGCCGACAACGAUGAGAAGGACAAGAUCAUCGGUGGUCUUGAGGAGGGCAUUGUGGCAGUGAAGAAAGAUCGCGAUGCCAAGCAGGCCGCGUAUGAUGAGCUGAAAAAGUCCACUGAUGCUACUAUCAAGGAGCUCCAAGACGAGUUAGCCAAGCUCAUGCGCGGUGGUCAUUCUUGGCCCGGGGAUGUUCCUCCCCCUUUUGUGGACAUGCCUCCUCCUUUCGGGGGUACUGGAUCCAGCCCUAUGGAUGAAAAGUGGUGGAAGAACAUGGGCAUGGAUGAGAGUAUGGCCCGGAGGCUGGGUUUGGAGAAAUGA